AUGGAUACAGUCAUGAAACAAUUUAAUAGUUCAGAAGCGAAAAAACGAAAAGAACACAAAAUUAAAAGAACGAAAUCGAAACGAUCGGUGGCUACACAGCUCGAAGAUCUCCCCAAUGAAUUGUUCUAUGAAAUAUUUCAAUUUUUCGACAGUUAUGAUAUUUAUGAAGUAUUUUCUAAUCUUAAUAGUCGUUUUUAUUCUCUUAUUAUUCAUUCAUCGUUACCAAUCAAACUUAAUUUUUCGAAUCUAUCCAAGACAGUUUUUCAGCAUCGAUGCAAUAGUAUAUUAACGCCGAAUGUUCAUCGCAUUAUAUCUCUUCAAUUUUCAAAUCAUCUUAUUAUUCAUAAUUUCUUCAAACUAUUCACUUUAGACUCGUCUUUCACGCGUCUCGAAACUUUGAAUUUAUACAAUGCUAAAUGUGAGAAUCUUUUUCCUAUUCUAACUAGUCUUGCCUUACUGCCAUGUCUCUAUUCUCUCACUAUUACUGGCAUUGAAAAUUUUGAAUCUCCAAGUUAUGUCUAUUGUCUAAUUAUUCGUUUGCCGGUUUUAAAAUAUUGUAAAUUAUCCAUUGGCUUAUGGAAUCGACAUAUUAACUUGCCGUUGACGAACGACGAAUGCAGUCCCAUAGAACAUCUUAUUAUUAAUUCGAAAUGUAAUCUUGAUCAAUUGAAUGAUAUUCUAGUUUAUACACCUAAUCUAAAUUAUCUAUCGUGUCAAAUAUCAACAUUAAAUAGUACACAAAUUAAUAUGUCUAUUAUAUCAACAAAAUUAAUCAAUCUUAGUCUUAAAUUAGAAGAUACAUCUUUCGAUGAGUUCGAAUGGUUUAUCUCAUGUUGUUCCGAACAACUUCAAUUGUUGCGUAUUUCUACUCAACGUGACAUUGAAUUUUUAAAUGCUGAUCGAUGGCAAAAGUUAAUAUCAAGGAAAAUGCCAUAUUUACGUAGAUUUGAUUUUCGCCAUAAGAUAAUCACAGGCGGUCGAAUGGAUGACUGCUGCAGAUAUCAUGUGUUGCUCGAUAGAUUUAAAUCUUCGUUUUGGACUGAUCGACAAUGGGCGUUUACACAUCAACAUUAUAGAUCGAAAGAUUUUAUCUCCUGGAUUGUAUUUUAUUCGACUCAGCCAUACAGAUGGAAUCAUUAUGAUUUCUACGAUGCUUCGUGUCAAUAUUACGAAACUGGUUUUAAUUUAGCUAAUGAAGUCGAUCUUCAUAACUAUUCAGCAAUUAUUCAAAAUUCUAUUGAUUUCCCACGAACAAAUCGACUGAUUCUAUCAGGAGAAAAUAUGAUUGAAAAUCCUUCGGAUAUGCUCGAUCUUACUCGUGGAUUUUCUCCUGCAAAACUUACUGAAUUAUCUAUUCAGGAUAAAACUCUUCGGUUAGAACAUUUACUUUUAUUAUUAAAUUCUUUUCCAAAUAUACAAUCAUUAACAAUUCCAACAACUAUACUCUCGCUAAAUUCUCCACUAUCGGAAAACAAUCGUUUGACGUUCAAUAAAAAUAAUAUACGCAAAAUCAAUCUUCUCAAUCGGUCGACUUUAGAAGACAUUCAAAUACUCAAUCGAUUUUGUCUGUAUUUAAAUAGUCUCGAAGUCGAAGCUGACCAUGAAAACUUAGAAGUAAUUUUACGUUUUCUCUUACGAACGAGUGUCAAUCGAAAUCAUCGACAUCGGCCACCAGCGUCUUCGUCGAUGAAAAACAUUAUUUUUUGGCAACAAGAAUAUUCCGCUUGUAUCCAUUGUAUGAAAACAAGAAGUUUUACUUCUCUACAAUCGCCAUGCAAUCAUCGUCUAUCGUCCAUAUGCUUUCGAGAUAUUAAUUAUUUGAUGGCACAAAAACUGCAACGGCGAAUUGAUCAAGAGGGAUUACUAGAAGAUUAUUUGUUGGAAUAUUUAGAUCAAAAAAUGUACAUAUGGUGGUAG